AAGUAGCCCUCCUUUCACUGUAAACCUCACAGUCAGAAAGCGCCUUGACUUUGAAGACUGACUUUUGGAUCUACCAGUCCCUUGAGAAGCCAAUAAGAUUUCCAGCUUCACAAUGAUGCUGGAUUCUGUAAGCCACAAUGCCUACCUCCCUAACACAAUGAUAUGUGAACCUCUGGUAUCUUGGUCAGAACUCGUUGGAACAACAGAAGAAAACUACUAUUCAUUUGAUCAUCAUAUAGGUUGUAAUUCCACUUGGACAGCAGUUCACCCAGAGUACUGGACACGACACAACGUCUGUGAGUGGCUACAGUUUUGCUGUGAUCAAUACAAAUUGGAUGCCAAUUGCAUUUCCUUUUCCCACUUUAAUAUAAACGGGCAACAACUGUGCUGCAUGACCCAAGAGGACUUUUUAAAUGCUGCAGGUGUUUGUGGCGAAUACUUAUACUUCAUCCUACAGAAUAUCAAGGCUCAUGGAGUCUCCUUUUUUCAGGACAAUGAAUAUAUAAAAUCAUCUGAAAAAGAAUAUAAUGAUAAAGCAUGUUUGAGAACAGGCACCAUCAGGAGUCCAGAGUUUCAAAGCCAUAAUAGAACAAGUCUACAAAGCUCUCACUUGUGGGAAUUUGUAAGAGACCUCCUCCUGUCGCCUGAGGAAAACGGUGGUAUACUUGAAUGGGAAGACAGGGACCAAGGCAUAUUUCGUGUCAUUAAAUCAGAUGCUCUGGCCAAGAUGUGGGGGCAAAGGAAGAAAAAUGACAGAAUGACCUAUGAAAAACUAAGCAGAGCACUCCGGUACUAUUACAAAACUGGCAUUUUGGAACGAGUGGACAGACGGUUAGUGUACAAGUUUGGGAAGAAUGCACACGGAUGGCAAGAAAGCAAAUUAUGAAAUACUGUUUACUUCAGAUUCACUGUCCAGUACCCAACAUGAAGUCUUUGGCCACAGUAAAGGGAUCUUGUCUGCACAAUGUCCCUAGAUUACAAGGUGGACAUCUCUUCAAAAUAACUGGAAAAAAUAACAUCAAUAGAGACUUUCUGGGUUGGAGGAUUUAAUAAGCUGUUUUUGAAUUCUCCAUUUUUCAAUGAGCACCAUCACCUGCACAGCACUUACUAAACACUGGUAGACAGCUCCAUUGAUAUUUCUCAUAGCUUGAAGUAACAUGCGUAGCAAUGCCCACAAUGUCCAGAAUGGCAGCUUGGCAUUACCAUUAAAUCCCAUAAUUUUACCAUUGCUGUUGGGAAUUCUAAGGGAUAUUGAAAAGCAUGUUAUUGGUUGCUGAACCAUGUUACCAUUUGAAAAUAAGUACACAUCCCUUGGUUUGCUGCAGGCAGUACUAGGGUUCAUUGCCCUUUGCCUGUAUCCUAAUUCUCUGCGUAUUCUAGCAUAUCUAAGAGUAAUUUCACCUUUUAUGGAGUAACUGUUUGCUAUAAUUAUCCUGUUGCUCCACCAGUUUUUUCAUGAUAUGCAUAUGAAGCAUGAAGUUCAUCUAUUCUAAAGACCAUAGAUUGUCAAAACAAUACUUCAUGAAUAGGCAGAGAUUUAAUGCAGGUGAAGCUAUACUGACCAUUAAACAAAAUACAGAAUAUCUUUAAAUGUAGGCAGGAAUUUGUAACUACCUCUCACAUUUAAUGAGUUUAUUGUAGAGGGAAAUGAAGUAGCAUCAACACAAUUGCUCUCUGAAUGAAUAAAGGCAUUAUUUUCGGUGAGGAAACCUAUCUCUUCAGCCAAUCAAAAUCAAGAAUACAAAAUAAAACUGUAUUUAGAUUUUCUCAAAAUGCACUUCACUAAUUUUUAAAGCAAUGAAUGGGCAUCAUUUGAACCCCUUUCAAACUGGGCCCUUAUAUUUGCAAUGCUGUAUCCAGGAACCAGGAUGUGGAACUCAAUAGGGCAUACUUUUGAUGAAAAGGCACUAUAAGUUUAUCAGUGUUUACUAUUACACAUGGUGCUUCACUCGCUGUAUGCACUUUAGUGCAAGUCUUUAGUACUUGUUCAAGUUGGUUCUAUUAAGACUGGAUCUACACUGCUGAAGAGAAUGAAAUUUUAUAAAUGUGAAUUUUAUAAGAAUCAAGUUUUAAGCAAAUUAAAAAGGAAGAUUGAGACAGGAGGGAGGGGGGAAUUGGAGGAUUUGAGAAGAGGAUCUGAAGCUCACUCUGCCAGUCUCUGCUAGACAAAACAGAGCACAGCAGGAGUCUUAUAGGCAAUUGAAGAGAUGAAACUGAGGGAAAGGUUCAAGAGGAGGGUUUGAUGACCUACAAGCUAGAAAGGAGAAGGGCAGCAGAGAGAGGGACGGAGAGGGCCUUGAAGGGAAAAAUACUAGACAUCUCAGCAGGAAGGGUUGAAGAGGGGGUAAUCCUUGUGUCUGCUGAUAGGAAAGAACAAAAGAAAGAAAAGAUUCACUGAACUUUGUACAUGUUCAAAAAGUUCUGACUAUAAAGCACUGAGCUGCAUCUCGGAUUUCAUGGCACAUUUAUUUCUUUGCUGGUCACCCUCAGUUUUGCUCCAGCCAGAAAUAAAGCUGUAGUUUGCAUCUCCAGUCUGUAGUGUCUACUGGGAGGAAAGAUAUUAGGGACUCAUCAAGCCUCAACAUUGCUAUAUAAUACAGUUUCAGAAUGCAAACUAACUUCAUUCAACAGGAUUAUAUGGCAGUGUGGAUCUAGUUCAAUGAAAUUAAUCUCCAUUCUGAAACUGCACUAUAUGGCAGUGUAGAUCCAUCUUAAGUCAAAUGGUAUUUGACUUCAUAAAUUCCUCCAUUUUGAUAAAGUAUUCUGACUUACUUGGGGACGGCUUAAUAUUUCAAAUGAAUUACGUUUUUAAAGGAAUAGUUUAUUUCACACAUAUUUACAUCCUUCUAUGUCAGGAAAAGUAAAUGUAGGACUCCCUUUUUUUUUCCAACCCCGAUUGGACCCUUGCCUCCAUAUGUAUUAUUUUCAGAACCAACCCUUCCCCAUCCUCCAACAUUUUUCUAAGCAAUAUGUAUAUUGUUUUAGUUAACUAGAGUGGUAGAUUACAAAUAGUUGUUGCUGUGUGCCUUCAGGUAAUUUGACCUUAAGGCAAACCUAUACUGGGGUUUUCCUGAUAAGGUUGUUCAGAGGGGAUUUACCUUUGCUUCUUCUGAGGCUGACAGAUUGGGAUUUUCCCAGUGUCACCCAAGAGGGAUUUAAACCAUGGUCUCCAGAGUCUUACCCCAACACUCAAGCCACUAUAUCAUAAUAAGUAUAUGUAUUAAAUAUAAUCUCCCCUGAUUCUCAAACCUUACCCUACCCAUUGAAACAAAUC